CAAAGGUUGUGUCAACUCUGUGGUAGACUCUAGUGUAUAUCUACACGGAAUAGAAUGCAAACGUGAAACUGGAGGCCGAAAGCGAGGCUUUGACACGUGGAGUUGUUAUAUUAGAUGUAUGACGCUUACAUAAAGAAUUCGAGGAGAAUUUGGCAUUUUCUUUGUGUUUAUUCUCGAUUGGUUUUCCGGAUUUUAUAAAAAUUGAAUAUUGCGUUCUUGUUAAGGAGUGUCAAACGUCAAGAGACGGAUUGCUGUGAUGGACGAAGACAAAUACAAGAGGACAAAAUACACAGUGAUGGAAACUAUGCUUGAAUGUGAUCAGCCGGAUACUUUAAAUGAAGCAGAUGAUAUAAACGACAGCCACGCGGAAGUGACUGCUCUGUCAACAAACGAAAGUGAUGAGCCACAAAACGACCCAACAAAGAACCCGGAUGUUCUGUGUUUACGAUAUGGAGUGAACGAUAACCCGCCUGUCCAUUUGUCCCUGAUUCUCGCGCUUCAGAAUGUGAUGCUAUCAUUUGGAGCCAACCUACUCAUCAGUUUCACCAUCGCAGAUCUCGCAUGCGCAGAAAGAAAUGACCUGAUCCGUGUCAAGCUUUUUUGUACAUCCGUUUUUAUGGUUGGUCUGACCACGAUUGUCCAGAGCGCUUUUGGAAUGAGACUACCCAUGUUUCAAGGAGCUUCCGGUGCCUUUUUGGGGCCUUUACUAUCCAUGCGAACAGCAGGAAUAUGGUCAUGUGAUUUUGUCGGUGACGUAGGAAUUCAUCAAAAUUCAACGAAUCUCACUAGUUAUGUGAAUGCUUCCAUGGUGACGCGACAGGAAAUGGUCUACAUCCGGGUAACAGAGCUUCAAGGAAGUUUGAUGGUUGCUGGUCUUGUAACAGAAGUGUUGCUGGCCGGAACUGGCUUUCUAGGAUACCUGGCGAACCUGGUAGGCCCCAUCACCAUUUGUGCGACGAUAACCUCGCUCGGAAUAUCCAUCUACCCCAUCCCUAUAUCAUACAGUAGCAGUUUCCUUCCGGUAGCUCUUUGUGGCUCUCUCCUGAUGAUUUUACAUAUCACGUACCUUGCUGAGGUCAAAGUUCCCAUACCCAAAGUACUUUGCAGCAGAUGUACAAAGACAAAUGUCGUAUCCAGUGAACAAGAAGAUUCGCAGAAAAGCCAAAAGCUACCAAUGUUUCGGAUAUUUUCGAUAUUACUAUCAGUUAUAGCUACAUGGAUACUUUGUGCGAUCCUAACUUUGGCUGGUGUAUUUCCCGAUGACCCUAAGGAGCCCUCCUAUAAUGCUCGGACCGAUAGAGGAGGGGAUAUAAUAUCUAUUUCUCCAUGGUUCUACUUUCCUUACCCAGGUCAGUUCGGUGCGAUCCGUUUCAACAUGGCAGUCUUUAUAGGGUUUGUGAAUUCAUACCUCUGUUCUAGUGUGGAGUCUUUAGGAGAUUAUAUAAUGGUUUCUCGGGUCACGGGGACCUUCCCUCCGCCCCGCCAUGCCAUUAACCGGGGAAUACUGACAGAGGGCGUCCUAGGGAUAGUGGCCGGUGCCCUGGGGGCAGGGCACGCCACUACAUCAUUCAGUGACAAUAUUGUUCUAAUUCAGUUAACACAGGUUGCCAGUCGCAGUGUGAUGAUUUUGGCGGGAUUCAUUUGUUUGCUUUUUGGAGUGUUUGGUAAAGUUGGAGCUGUGAUGGCGUCGAUUCCGGAUCCGGUUAUUGGGGGCGUGUACGUAGUCACGUGUGGCUUGCUAGUAGCCACAGGAAUAUCUUCGCUAAAGAAGGUAGACUUGUCAUCUACUCGGAACAUCGCGGUACUCGGCAUAUCUUUGUACCUAGGAUUGGUUGCUUCCGAAUGGACGAAACUUAACAAAGAUAGCAUUAAUACAGGUCAUCCUUCAUUGGAUCAAGUACUGAAAGUGACCAUCGGGAACCAGAUGUUUGUGGCUGGGUUGACGUCAGUCGUACUGGACAAUACUGUCAAAGCCCCACAUUUCCAUCACGGCCACCAGGUGGGGACGAUCACGAGCCACUCUAUUCCGGAAGCGUCGGGUUUAGCAGCCAGCCGUCGCCAUAGUAACGUCCUGUACACCCAUAAUGACUCUGGUGGACAACCACGGAUAUUCGCCAUCGACAACAACAGUGGACGUCGUCUGGCCACUCUGACCAUAGAGGGCGCGCACAGUCAUGACUGGGAAGAUAUUGCAGCAGGACCAUGUCCCAAUGGCGGCCAUUGUAUCUAUGUGGCGGAUACAGGAGGAAAUGCCGGAAACUAUGAAGCCAACAUUCUCUACCGGAUACAGGAACCUUCUAGUAUUUAUGACCAAACCAUACACGUGGAAUCAACCAUCCACUUCAGGUGGGACCAGCAUGACUGUGAGACGAUAAUGGUUGCACCUGAUGCCGAAACCUACCUCGUUUCAAAAACAAGUCACUCACACGAUAGCAAGGUUUUUCACGUGCCGAAAUCUGCAUGGGGCAACUCCGGUUCCAACCCUGUUUACAUAAGUAGCCAUACCAGCCUGGCGUUCUAUUCCUCCUCGCCCAGUCCCGUGGGUGGGGAUAUCUCACCAGAUGGCACGGAGGUGCUCCUUAAGAGCUACGGCCACAUAUAUUACUGGAGCGUACCAGACAAAAACUACAUCCGGGCACUUGGCACAAAUCCCGAGACACUACCAUACACCGGCGAGAGACAGGGCGAGUCUAUUUGCUGGGAUUCAAGGGGUAGCGGCUAUUAUACCACAAGCGAAGGCACGAACGUACCACUUUACUAUUAUGCUAGGUACUAG